CGUGUAAGGCCCUCACCCUGUGGUGUCAUUGGUGAAUGACCGAAAAUGUCUCACAGCAGGUUAUUUGCCAGGCUGCUUUUGCAGCACAGUGGAGUUAGACACUGUUAUACAGGAACAAGACAGAACCUCUACAUCAAUAAGAACACGAAGGUCAUCUGCCAAGGUUUCACAGGGAAGCAGGGAACAUUUCACAGUCAGCAGGCUCUUGAUUAUGGCUCCCAGUUAGUUGGAGGUGUUUCUCCUGGUAAGGGGGGGAAGACGCACCUCGGCCUGCCAGUCUUCAACUCAGUCAAGGAGGCAAAGGAGGGCACGGGGGCAGAUGCCACCGUGAUUUAUGUGCCGCCUCCGUUUGCGGCAGCAGCCAUCAUCGAGGCCAUAGACGCAGAGAUACCUCUGGCGGUGUGCAUCACCGAGGGCAUCCCUCAGCAGGACAUGGUGAGAGUCAAACACAAGCUCCUGCACCAGAGCGUCACCCGCCUCGUCGGUCCCAACUGCCCAGGAGUCAUCAACCCUGGAGAAUGCAAGAUUGGCAUUAUGCCUGGGCACAUUCACAAAAAAGGAAAAAUUGGCAUUGUUUCCAGAUCGGGAACCCUGACAUAUGAAGCCGUGCACCAAACCACACAAGUAGGCCUGGGCCAGUCGCUCUGUGUAGGCAUUGGCGGCGAUCCGUUUAAUGGCACAAACUUUAUAGACUGCCUGGAGGUGUUCCUGAAGGACCCCAAGACAGAAGGCAUCAUCCUUAUCGGAGAGAUCGGAGGGGAUGCCGAGGAGAAUGCGGCUGAGUAUCUGAAAGAACACAACUCUGGCGCUAACACGAAGCCCGUGGUGUCCUUCAUCGCGGGGCUAACGGCUCCCCCCGGUCGCAGGAUGGGUCACGCUGGGGCCAUUAUUGCUGGUGGGAAAGGUGGAGCCAAAGAGAAAAUUGCAGCCCUGCAGUCGGCUGGAGUUGUAGUCAGCAUGUCCCCUGCACAGCUGGGAAGUACGAUGUUCAAGGAGUUUGAAAAGAGGAAAAUGUUGUAAUUUUGUGCUCUAAGACAACUGACCUUCGACCCUCCCCCCCGCCCACUGCCUGGUAAAACGAGGCGAUUCUGGAGGUGGACAUGUCCAACAGCGCCUGCAAACCCUAAUUAUCAUCAACGAAGCGCACAUCCAAUGUUUCUAUUGUAAUUUCUGCCAUGUUGAACUUGUACCUUGCACAUAAUUGCAGAUUAAAACAUUGAUGGUAUCCAUGAGAUCAUGGUUCUACACGG